CUUGAAUGCACCAUAGUUGUGUGAAUGUGCCGACCUUCUCCCACACUGCACGGAUAAACUACUACACUGUAUUUGUUUUUGUAUUUUUUCUGUCACCCCAUGUGCUGAUACUAUGUUGGAAUACAUAAAGUGAAUGGUAUCCACUGGGUCACAGAGUCCAGAAGACGAGCACUGAGGAAGCACCAUGAUGACCUUUAAACGCUCAAUGGCGGCGUCCCACUGACCCAGACUGAAGAAGGCCUCAGACACGAUGCGCACAUCUAUAGGCUUGUGCAUGUCUUCCAGCUGUGAGGAAGUGUGAUCAGCCCCACACACGAGCACGCCGCCUGAGCGGGCAGCCACCAUGAUGGCCACGUGUGCCGCAGUCAGGGCUGAGAAAGAGCCCGCCAUGAGGACAUCAGCAUUGUCGAAUAAUAUGGGGCGUAAGGCACUCACCGCCACGCACACGCUCCUGUCCUGUCAUAUAAAAAAGUAAUGUGAGUACUAAAAGUUAACCCACUUUCAUUCAUUUGUAUUUAUUUCUCUUUUUUGUACAAAUUGUACAAACAUAUUUUGGAUUGCUUGGGAACCCAGUCAGUGCAGUAACAUUCAUUCAUUCAUUCAUUUUCUACUGCUUUUUCCUCACGAGGGUUGCGGGGGUGCUGGAGCCUAUCCCAGCUGUCUUCGGGCGAGAGGCGGGGUACACCCUGGACUGGUCACCAGCCCAUCACAGGGCACAUAUAGACAAACAACCAUUCACACUCACAUUCAUACCUAUGGACAAUUUGGAGUCGCUAAUUAACCUAGCAUGUUUUUGGAAUGUGGGAGGAAACCGGAGUACCCGGAGAAAACGGGGAGACCAUGCAAACUCCACACAGAGAUGGUGGGAUCGAGGGUGGAAUUGAACCCUGGUCUCCUAACUGUGAGAGCUGCGCGCUAACCACUCGACCGCCGUGCCGCCCUAGCAUUUUCAUUUUAAACCCAUAUUGGCACAUGUUUAUAUAUUUCUGGGGUAUACCUUUUGAGUGUUAAGUUGCUGUGUGAGGACACCAUGUUAUACUAUCAUAUAUAGUGGGUUGACAACCUCGUUGUGUCAAUUAAAGAGCUGUGCGGUGAACUUGUGUGCGCCACAAUAUGACGUGGACACGUGGCUUAUAUAUUAUUAAUUAACCUAGCAUGUUUUUGGAAUGGGGAAAUGGGAAGGAAUGGGAGGAAACCGGAGUACCUGGAGAAAACCCACGCAUGCACGGGGAGAACAUGCAAACUCCACACACAGAGAUGGCCGAGGGUGGAAUCGAACCCUGGUCCUCUUAGCUGUGAGGCCUGCGCGCUAACCACUAGACCGCCGUGCCGCCAGUGCAGUAACAUAGGAUGCAAUAUUCACCAUGGCACACAGACACCCACACAUAUUAACCAUACCUGAAUCAUAAGUUUGUGUGUAGCAGUGAGCUGGCUAUGCUUCAGUGGUGCAUGAAGCUUUUGGGAGAAGAUGAGCGUGUCGCAACAGAGGGGGUCCACCUUGGACAACCCGCUGAGCUCUAACUCCUUACACACUUCCUCCACGCUGUCAAGACAAGACAUCUUCUAACUAAUGUUGAUGGAGUGCACUUGUAGCUACGUGUAUUUCUUUAAGUUACACCUGCUGCUGAGAGUGUUGACCCAUGCAUAAAGAGGCAGUAGUCUCGCUCUGUGCUGUUUGCUCCUCACAGGUUCUGAUAGGAUGCCGGAAACACUCUGCAGGCCGUGUUUCACCCUGCUUCGUGCAAGAGAGGCUGCGAGCUUGGUCUUACAUCUGCGACACACACACACACAGACGUACUCACUGACUAUUUAUGAUACAUUAGCGUCCCUCUUGUAUACGUACUUGUGAAGCCUGUUCUCCAGAUCUCUCACUUCCUGCUGGGGUUCCUCCUUUUCUAUUUCUGAACGCUGACAUGGCAAAAACUUUCGCUCCUGGAAGUUGCACAGCAUCACCAUCGCUAGUGGCAGCAGAGGGGGUACUUGCAGCAGACUUUCAAGAGUCUGUCUCAACAGUCUUCCUAUUCUGCAGAAGAAAUACCCCAAAAGAGAGUUCUGUCUUCUCUCCAACAUUGCUCAGGCACCUAGAAGACAAAAGUACAGAGCAACAAGAGCAGAUUCCAAAAUGCAAAAGGACAACUCACAGUACUCUUUGUCAUUCGCCUUAGUGGUUGGAGCUGCUCUCCCUGGCUUCGUCUUCAUGACGACAAGGUGUUGCGAGGACCUCGGGAGCAGGAAGAAGGAAGUGGCUGGCCCCUCCUACUUUGAUUUCUACAACAGCCUCAGGUGCAAGACGGAAAGAGAAAGGAAGACUGAGAACAAGAAAGGCAGAAGAGCGAUGGACAGAGGACGGCGUGUCUGACAUCCUUCAUCUGAACUCUGGUGUCAACAAUGGUGUGCUGACGCUGACAGAGAACCUGAAGGACAGCACCGAGGCGGAGAAGACACGGAAGGGAGGAUGAGAAAGUGACAUCGCUCUGGAUUGCUGCUGCAAAAGUUUUCAAUAACUUGUGACUACACAAACAUCCCAUCGUUCUCCAGACUGUGCCACAAGCAGGGCAAGUAGGUAGGCUGCAUCUAUCGACCAAUCUAUCAAGAACUCUGCAUCUUCUUCACCUCUUUUGACGUCUGUGCCCUCUCGGUGUGGCCCACAGGAGUGAAAGGUCGGUUUGGAGGGACAAAACAGGACUGUAAAAGCUCCUGAUAGCGGCCACAGAUCUGAUUGGAUGGUUUUGUCAGAAUGACAGCCGAAGACCCUGCUUCCUCUUCAGCCAUGAGCAACAAUACCGCCCCCUCCAAAGCCUCCAAACCCUCUCUUCUUGCACCGAUCCCCAUUCCUGAGGGUGUUGCAGGGACCCCCAAUGAGGCUGCACUGGUGGCCUUGAUGGAGCGCACUGGUUACAGUAUGGUCCAAGAAAACGGCCAACGUAAAUACGGACCGCCACCAGGUUGGAACGGCGCAUCUCCACAGAGAGGGUGUGAGAUUUUUGUGGGCAAGAUCCCAAGAGAUGUUUAUGAGAAUGAGCUUGUCCCGGUCUUCGAGUCUGUGGGACGCAUCUACGAGAUGCGCCUCAUGAUGGACUUUGACGGGAAGAACCGAGGCUACGCAUUUGUGAUGUAUACUGAGAAACAUGAGGCCAAACGGGCCGUGCGAGAGCUCAACAACUACGAAAUACGGCCCGGACGGCUCCUGGGCGUCUGCUCCUCUGUGGACAACUGCCGUCUUUUCAUUGGCGGUAUCCCCAAGACUAAAAAGCGUGAGGAGAUCCUAGAGGAGGUGUCCAAGGUGACGGAAGGCGUGCUAGAUGUUAUUGUUUAUGCCAGCGCCGCCGACAAGAUGAAGAACCGUGGCUUUGCCUUUGUAGAGUAUGAGUCGCACCGUGCUGCCGCCAUGGCGCGUAGGAAACUGAUGCCCGGGCGCAUUCAGCUAUGGGGCCAUCAGAUUGCAGUGGACUGGGCGGAGCCAGAAAUUGAUGUGGAUGAAGAUGUUAUGGAGACAGUGAAGAUCCUUUACGUCAGAAAUCUUAUGAUGGAAACCAGUGAGGAAACGAUCAAACAGGUGUUUAGCCAGUGGAACCCAGGUUGCGUAGAACGAGUGAAGAAAAUCCGUGACUACGCUUUUGUUCACUUCACCUUCCGGGACGAUGCCGUCCUAGCCAUGGACCAACUCAACGGAACAGAAGUAGAGGGUUCCUGCAUCGAGGUCACACUCGCCAAACCGGUCGACAAAGAGCAGUACUCUCGCCAGAAGGCCUCAAAGGGCGCUUCGGCUGCUCCAGAAGCCACACAGCAGAGUUACAUCUACCAGUGUGACCCUUACACGUUGGCCUACUACGGCUAUCCCUACAACACCCUCAUUGGACCCAACAGGGACUACUUCGUGAAAGGCUCGUCAAUGAUACAGAACAAUGCAGGUACUGUGCGAGGGCGUGGUCGCGCCACCACAGGUAACCGCACCCCUGGUCCCCGGGGGUCGUACCUGGGGGGUUACUCUGCCGGUCGUGGCAUCUACAGCCGCUACCACGAGGGUAAGACCAAGCAGCCCGAAAAGCCUUAUGAACUGAUGCCCAGUCUGGAGCUGGCUGCCUCCGUCAACCCAGUUGCCAUCAAAGCAGGCACAAUGGCAUUGCCCGCUCUAGCCGGACAGUAUCCGGUGUUCAGUGCGGCCCCUGCUGCCAAGCUGAUGGAGGAGGGCAAGGUGCACACAAUGGAGCACCUUAUUAACCCUCUGGCCAUGCAGCACCCUGAACACACCACAGCUCCUGCUGCUGCUGCUGCUGCUGCCACUGUGCUGCCGGUCUCUACGCCUCCACCUUUUCAGGGCCGUCCCAUCACUCCCAUCUACGCCAUGGCCCACAACGUGCCUCGCAUCCCAGCAGCGGCGGCCGGCGGUCUGUACGGAGCGGCGGGAUACGUCCCCAUCACAAACUACGCAGCCAACACAGCAGCUCUGGCCGCUCUGCAGAAGAACGCGGCGGUGGCAGCCGCGGCGUAUGGAGGCUACGCUGGCUACACCGUGCCACAGGCCUUCCCCACCGCGGCCUUCCAGAUGCCCAUCCAUGACAUCUACCAGUACUGAUGUGUCGUGGCUCCGAGAGCAAUCUUAUUCUGCCUGAGACUGAUUCCCAUUGAAAGGAAACAUCUUUUGGACUUCACUUGAAGAAGCACACAUGGUGAAACUAUACACCUCCAUUUGUCUAUGUAAUGAUGCAAAAUUUAAAGUGGGGGGGGGGGGG